AAAUAUAUAACAGUGCUUUUCAAAUCGACUCACAUAAUUUUUAUGUUUUUCAAAUAAUAACAAACAAUUAUAAUUUUUAAAUUCACUGUUUAUUUAUUUAAUAAACUUAAGUAAUUUUUAUCAUCUGUCGUGUCGAUGCUGAUCUUAAAAUCACUUCUAAUUUCAAAAUACACAUAAAAAUAAUAAGAAAAAACCGAUUGUGAAUUUGAGGAAUAAUUAUUUAAACAAAUUGUUUAAAUAAUUGAAAGAAUGAAGACUGCACCUCAUCAGCGAUUAGUAAUGGUUGGAGAUCGUGAUGGGUUGAAAGAACUCUUAAGACGUCGUCUUGUUGAAUGCGGAUGGCGCGAUCAAGUCAAAAUAAUUUGCAAAGAAUUGAUAAAAGAAAAAGGGCAUGAUAUCACAUACGACAACAUGCUGACAACAGUAACGAGCAGAGCACGCAGUCUUGUACCUGAUUCUGUAAAAAAAGAACUAUUGCAAAAAAUAAAAAGUCAACUGUUGGCACAGGAAGAAAAAUUGAAAAUUUAAUAAUAAUAAUAAUAAGUUACUUAAUGUUAAUUCUUAUUAAAUAUUUUGUGAUAAGUAAUUUAUUUUAUAAUAACUAGAAUUACUCCGUCAAAAUAAUUUUACAUUCAUUUACAUUUAAUUACAUUUAUAAAUUAUGAUAUUGAUGCAAUUACUUGAGUUAUGUCUCAAUCAUAAUUAAAUGAUUAAUUUUUUUUAUUAAAUACACUUACAAUUAAUACUCUGUCGAUUUAUUAGUGACUGUAAAUAAUUA